AAUACCUGUAGUAAUUUUUGCUGUCUUCUGUCUGGCCAGGAAGUGGUUAUAGUAAGUGCCACAAGAACGCCCAUUGGAUCCUUUCUGGGCAGCCUUUCAUCCUUGCCAGCCACUCAGCUUGGUUCCAUUGCAAUUCAGGGAGCCAUUGAAAAGGCAGGGAUUCCAAAGGAAGAAGUGAAGGAGGCGUACAUGGGGAAUGUGCUACAAGGAGGCUCGGGACAGGCCCCUACAAGGCAAGCGGUCUUGGGCGCAGGGUUACCUAUCUCUACCCCGUGCACCACUGUGAACAAAGUCUGCGCUUCAGGAAUGAAAGCCAUCAUGAUGGCCUCUCAGAGUCUUAUGUGUGGACAUCAGGACGUGAUGGUGGCAGGGGGCAUGGAGAGCAUGUCCAAUGUGCCCUACGUGAUGAACAGAGGCGCGACGCCGUACGGAGGGGUGAAGCUGGAAGACCUGAUAGUGAAAGAUGGGCUAACUGAUGUCUACAAUAAGAUUCACAUGGGUAACUGUGCUGAGAAUACUGCAAAGAAGCUGAACAUCACAAGAGAUGAACAGGAUACUUACGCUAUAAGCUCUUACACCAGGAGCAGAACAGCAUGGGAAGCUGGAAAAUUCGGAAACGAAAUUAUUCCGGUCACAAUUGCAGUAAAAGGUAAACCAGAUGUAGUGGUAAAAGAAGAUGAAGAAUACAAGCGUGUUGAUUUCAGUAAAGUUCCGAAGCUGAAGACAGUUUUCCAAAAAGAAAAUGGCACCGUAACAGCGGCCAACGCCAGCACGCUGAAUGAUGGGGCAGCUGCCGUGGUCCUGAUGACUGCAGAGGCAGCCAAGAGGCUCAACGUUAAGCCGCUGGCCAGAAUAGCAGCGUUUGCGGAUGCCGCUGUGGACCCCAUUGACUUUCCGGUUGCGCCUGCCUAUGCUGUGCCCAAGGUUCUUAAAGAUGCUGGACUGAAAAAAGAAGACAUUGCAAUGUGGGAAGUUAACGAAGCCUUUAGUGUGGUGGUACUGGCAAACGUUAAAAUGCUGGAGAUUGAUCCCCAAAAAGUGAAUAUUAAUGGAGGAGCUGUUUCUCUGGGGCAUCCAAUUGGGAUGUCUGGAGCCAGGAUCGUGGUUCAUCUGGCUCACGCCCUGAAGCAAGGAGAGUACGGGCUGGCCAGCAUCUGCAAUGGAGGAGGCGGCGCCUCUGCUCUGCUCAUCCAGAAGCUGUAGACAGCCUGUGCUGUGCCUGGAGCCAGCCCCGUGUGACUCCCUGGGAUACCUUACAUGCGAACACUUUAAUUUUUUAUUAUUUUCUAUUGUAACUUUUAAAAAUAAGAAAAAUGAUCACAUCCCAAACCUCAUGAAAUUACCUUUUUUCCCCUUUUGCUUUAAUUUUCUGGUACUUUCAUUUAAAAAUCUGAUACAUUUCUGUAGUAUGAAUCUAUAUAUCUGAAAUACUA